UCUUCUCUUCUUUGUGAUCGUGUAUAUUUCAUAGAUUUUAACUGUAAUUGUGUGGUAUAUUUGGUAUGGAUUUGGAACACCAUCCUAUUCGAGUAUGAGUUUAAAAGUGACAUCAAAGAAUAAUAGAAACAACGAUGGAGUCAGCGCCGCAGGAAAGUGUCUGCGUGAAGGCUGAGCCUUGUGAGGAACUGUGUACAGCAAAUGAGCCUAAAUUCGAGGAAGUGACAGUGAAACUUGAGCCUUUAUAUGAUGAGCAAGUAAAGGACGAGUUCGAAUACGAUAGUGUGCGUAUAAAAACUGAGCCUUCGUGCUCUGCUUUGAGUAUAAAAGAAGAGUUGCACGUUAAGGAUGAGAUCGAGAUCGGCCAAGCGGUAGAGGAGCGGCGACCAACAGCAUUCAGCGUUCAGGUAGAAGUGAAGCAGUCGGUGGAUACACCUUCCGCCAGCCCUCGGAGCUCCGUAGCCAGCGGAGACUUGGCCAGCCGGCUCGAUCACGAAGCUGCUGUAGAGAGUCAACUCGUGAACAAAGGGAAAGCUAAGACGAACAAGAAAGAAGACACUCCACAGAAGAGACAGACAGAGAAGAAGUACAAAUGUAGCCAGUGUAGUUUUUCUACUAACAAAAAAAGUACUUUUGACGUUCAUGCCAGGACACACACUGGUGAGAAACCUUACAAGUGUGAACAGUGUAGCUAUGCUACUUCACAAAUUCGUAAUUUGCGAGUUCAUGUGCUGAAACAUACCGGAGAGAAUCUUUACAAGUGUGACCAGUGUAGUUUUGCUAGCAAUUACAAAAACAAUUUAGUAAUCCAUGUAAGAAAGCACACUGGUGUAAAGCCUUACAAAUGUGGUCACUGUAGUUAUGUUAGUGCACACAAAUUAGCUCUACGAGUUCAUCUGAGAAAACACACCGGGGAGGAUCUAUACAAAUGUAACCUUUGUAGUUAUACUAGUGAACACAAAUUUAGUUUACAAAAUCAUAUAUUAAAACACACUGGCGAAAGGCCUUUCAAAUGUGAGCAAUGUAGUUAUACUAGUGCAUACAAACAGGCUUUGCAAGUUCAUCUAAGGUCACAUUCUGUAGAAAAACCUUACCAGUGUGAUCAGUGUAAUUAUUCUACUAUCACGAAAGAAUGUUUAAAAAAACACAUUAUAAGAAUGCACAUUGCUGAAAGGCAUCUUAAAUGUCAGCAAUGUAGUUAUGCUACUAGUGUCGAAUAUAAUUUUUUGAACCAUGUAAAAAGACACACUGUUGAAAAACCUUACAAAUGUAAUCUAUGCAAAUUUUCUACUACUAAGAAAAAUUAUUUGGAAUUGCAUACGAGGCGACACACUGAUGAACUGCUCUACAAAUGUGACCAGUGUAGUUAUGCUAGCUCAUACAGAGGCAACUUGCAAACUCAUGUGCGGACGCACACCAAUGAGAAACCUUUCAAGUGCGAACAGUGUACAUUUAGUACUGCGUAUAAAUGUGCUUUGAUAGCUCAUUCAAAAGGACAUACGUAAAUAACCCGGCCGUAAUUGACCUUGCUCGUGUAUUCAGUUUUGUUAUGCCAGUAGCAGAAAACUUGAACCUU